AACAGAAAACUAGAAAACGUUCACGGCGGCACGACCCAAUAUGACCAAGACUAUAUUUUUACGAGUGUGAAAGAGUGCGAUAUUGGAAGAUAUUUUUGACAACUUUACACAAAAGCACUUAGAAUGUCCAUGUACUUUUUUCGCCUCCACAACCUGCGUAAGGCCGAAGAGGACAAGAAGAAGAAACAGCAAGAACAGCGUAGACGCCGGAGAUCGGCGAGGUCGGGUUCAAGAACUGUCCUCUGUCAUCGGUACACGAACGCUGCUCUAACAUUGGCACCCAGCCGCUUGUUCGAACGCACGCCCUUGACUCCUUCAGACAGCUUGGAUGAGGUGGCGUUACAAAUACCCAGAGUGCGUGUGGAGUACUACGUGAACGAGAAUACAUUUAAAGAAAGACUUCAACUCUACUUCAUCAAGAAUCAAAGAUCUAGUCUUAGGAUAAGGAUAGCCAAUUUAUUUUUCAAACUGUUGACCUGCAUUCUAUACAUGCUCCGGGUCGUGACUGAUCUAGAUCCAACAUAUGCGAAAUGUCAUGGGUGUAUCGCAGGUAACAAGACGGAAUACAUCAUAUCUGCCAACCUAACGGAAGAAAAGUUUCAAGAAAACCCCAUCAUAAAUUGGGACGCCAUCAUUUGGGUGAAUCGCCCCUUUGAGCUGUGGGUUGUUCAGGUUAUUCUUGCAGUAAUAAGCCUGACUGAAGCCUUAUUGCUGGCUUAUCUUGGAUAUAAGGGUAACAUAUGGCAACAACUUCUGUCGUUUCACUUCAUCUUAGAGAUAGUUAAUACAAUUCCAUUUACGUUAACGAUUUUUUACCCACCGCUCAGGAACCUUUUCAUACCAGUUUUUCUGAAUUGUUGGUUGGCGAAACAUGCCCUAGAAAAUAUGUUUAAUGAUUUGCAUAGAGCUAUGCAAAAGUCACAGUCGGCCUUAUCCCAACAGUUGACGAUAUUAUCAGCAACGUUGGUCUGUCUAGUCUUCACUAGUGUAUGCGGGAUUCAGCAUUUCCAAAGAGCUGGACAUAGGCACUUGAACCUCUUUCAAGCCACAUAUUACGUUGUUGUAACUUUUUCUACUGUCGGCUACGGCGAUUUUGUCCCAGAUAUUUGGCCAUCCCAAUUAUACAUGGUGAUCAUGAUCUGUGUGGCACUAAUUGUCCUCCCUACGCAGUUCGAACAACUCGCCUACACAUGGAUGGAAAGACAGAAGCUUGGCGGAUCUUAUUCAUCACACAGAGCUCAAUCAGAAAAGCACGUAGUUGUAUGCAGCACAACUCUUCACGCCGACACUAUUAUGGAUUUCUUGAACGAAUUCUACGCACAUCCUCUUUUGCAGGAUUUUUACGUGGUGCUUCUUUCACCAAUGGAGUUAGAUACUACAAUGAGAAUGAUUCUGCAAGUGCCCAUCUGGGCACAGAGGGUCAUUUACAUACAAGGUUCUUGUUUAAAGGACAGUGAUUUAGCGAGAGCCAGAAUGAACGAGGCAGAGGCUUGUUUUGUUCUGGCAGCAAGGAAUUAUGCAGAUAAGACUGCCGCUGACGAACACACAAUCCUCAGAUCGUGGGCUGUGAAGGACUUCGCUCCAAGUGUAGCUCAAUAUGUACAAAUAUUCAGACCAGAAAAUAAGUUACAUGUGAAAUUCGCGGAAUAUGUAGUGUGUGAAGAUGAGUUCAAGUACGCCCUUUUGGCAAACAACUGUACGUGUCCUGGAGCGUCCACACUUGUGACCUUGUUAUUGCACACCUCCAGGGGACAGGAAGGUCAACAAUCUCAGGAAGAAUGGCAUCGCCUGUACGGCAGAUGCUCAGGCAACGAAAUUUAUCACAUCGUCCUAGGUGACAGUCGCUUCUUCGGCGAAUACGAGGGAAAGAGCUUCACCUACGCAAGUUUCCAUUCUCAUCGGAAAUAUGGCGUGGCUCUGGUGGGCGUACGCCCAGCCGAACUGCCCGAAUUCUACGAGGACACAAUCCUGCUCAAUCCCGGUCCCCGUCACAUAAUGAAGAAGAGCGACACGUGCUACUACAUGAGCAUAACGAAAGAGGAGAAUUCGUCCUUUACCGUGGCCAACCAGCAGGCCAACAACAAUUACACCACCUCGACGGAGACCAAAACCGCCGAACCGGAAGAAAAACGGACGGCACCGAACGCAACAACGAAAGACGGUACCCGUUCACCUCAACUCAUUCUGCAAGUGCCCACGUGUGUCACCACAUUUCCAGACAACACGGGUCUGGGCGAUUCCAGACAGUGCCUGAAGGAAUCAUCGCCCGGCUCAACGACGAUCGACAUAUCGAUGGCGGGUAAUCACCUGGACAUACCGCGGACCGGAGAAAACCCCAACCUGCUCAGUCCGGAAGUGAUCAAUCAGCGUAGGAAUUCCAGGAGGCCGAGUAUACUCCCCGUGCCCGACAUGUUCACGAAUUCCACCCUGAAUAUAAGCCAGGACGCCGGGGACGAAGGCGACGAGAGCGAGGACGAGCUCGAGGACGACGUCCCUUGGCGCUCGCCCAGCGAGAAGAUUGCGUCGAGUCUUAUAGACGUCUCCAGUGAUUCUGAAAAACCUGCAUGGCAUGACGAAUGUGCGCGGAUAGUCAAAGGCUUUCCUCCAGUUUCCCCGUACAUUGGCGUCAGUCCAACUCUGUGCUAUCUACUGAAGGAGAAAAAACCGCUGUGCUGUCUUCAGCUGGCCCAAGUUUGCGAGCACUGCAGCUACAGAAACGCCAGGGAUUAUCAGUGGCAAAAUAAGACGAUAAUUCUUGCUGCAGAUUACGCCUCCAAUGGAAUAUACAACUUCAUAAUACCACUAAGGGCGCAUUUCAGAUCGAAAACGUCACUGAAUCCCAUCAUACUGCUACUGGAAAGAAGGCCAGACAUCGCAUUUUUGGAUGCGAUCUCGUAUUUUCCAUUAGUUUAUUGGAUGCUGGGAUCGAUUGACUGCCUGGACGACCUCCUGCGAGCUGGCAUCAUCCUGGCGGAGAAUGUGGUCGUGGUGAACAAGGAGCUAUCGAAUUCCGCGGAAGAGGACUCCCUGGCCGACUGUAACACCAUAGUGGCCGUUCAGACGAUGUUCAAGUUCUUCCCCAGCAUCAAGAGUAUCACGGAACUGUCGCAAUCUUCGAACAUGAGAUUCAUGCAGUUCAGAGCACACGACAAAUACGCGCUUCACCUAUCCAAGAUGGAAAAGUGCGAAAAGGAACGGGGGUCGCACAUAUCGUAUAUGUUCAGACUUCCAUUUGCUGCUGGUAGCGUCUUCAGCGCGAGCAUGUUGGACACACUUCUGUACCAGGCUUUCGUCAAAGACUAUGUUAUCACGUUCGUCAGGCUGUUACUGGGAAUUGAUCAAGCACCAGGUUCCGGAUUUCUAACGUCGAUGAAAAUCACGAAGGACGACAUGUGGAUACGAACGUACGGUCGUUUGUACCAGAAACUCUGUUCGACCACCUGCGAGAUACCCAUAGGAAUUUACCGGACCCAAGACACAUCCCUGUCGGAAACCUCGCAUGUGAGUAUGAGCAACCAAUCAUCGACAUGGUCCAGCUGUGUGCGUGUAGCUUCGAUUGAUGAAGACAUUGGAUCUGAUCGAGUGGGAGUUACCUAUCGACCGAAAGAUGGCAGUGAUUGUUUAAGGUGUACCGAUAAGGGACCCUCGAUGUGUUCGGUGAAUUUGACUGAUGAGGCCAAAGACAAUCAUGAACAACAGAUUGAAAGGGCUGAAAUAGCCAAUUUGGUAAGGUCUCGGAUGGAGAGCCUCAACCUUCCAGCAGUAGACUAUAACGAUGUGAGUGAGAAGAGGAAUAGUCUCUCUUAUGUCAUCAUCAAUCCAAGCUGUGAUCUGAAACUCGAAGAAGGAGAUAUAAUAUACUUAGUCAGGCCAAGUCCCUUCUCUGCUCAAAAAACUUUCGAACGGCACAAUAGUAGGCGGAAAUCGAAUAUAAGUUUCUGUUCUCAAACUUUACUCCAACAGCUGCAAUCGAAUUCACAACUGGGAAUGGCCAGCAGAAGGAGUUCGGGCUUGGGAUUAACAGGCUACCAAUCUCCAAGACCUCCCCCUCUGGCAACUACUAAGUCCAACUCUUUGUCCUUACCAGAUAGCCCAACAGUUGCAGGUUAUCAAAGGGGAAGAUCGAAUUCGCUGAGAGUUAUAGACGACAUACUGAUGAGAAGAUCUAACUCCCUAAGACAGGGUCUGAUGAAUGUUGGAAGAAGGAAAAGCAGCUUAGAGGACAUUGGUCUCUCCCAUUUCUCCACUAAUUACAAUAAUCCCAUCAAGAUAGCUCUCAAUGGAAGUAUAGGCUUGGAAGUAACACCGCCAGAAGAGAAUAGCCCACCGGUGAUCAGCAGCAACACAGCGUUGAUAACCAACCCUUCGCCUCAUCCCUCGAUGAUAUCGGGCAGCUCCCUGAACCUUGCCCAUACUGGCAUACCCACCUCGAGCUGUUCCCUUCCACAGCAGCUAAACAUCGGCAUCAACGUUCCCAAUGCUGCUUACGGCGAGGCAAUGCCACCACAAGUGGCGUUGCCUACUUCAUCUCUCCCGGUGGUACCUACAGAUCCCCAGCACCUGCAGGGGACGAUAGUAUGAUAUAACCUCAUGUGGGGGAGGAGAUCUGGCAGUAUUAGAAACAAGUGGCUCUAGAUCUUCUCGCUUCCACAUUAGGCGCUCUGCUAGUUUAUUAGCUCCUUAGCGCAGAGCUAGCUCUGUGAGGUUGCUGGUAUUACUGGAAUGGGUUUCUUGAACUUAAUUGAAAUCACUCACCCUUCCUCAUAAGCAAGUUUCAUUUGACGAAUCAAAUGUCCAAUACAGUUACCGCUCCUAUUAUUAGGUGGGGACCCCACUAUUCUAAAUAGGGAGCAUCGUGGAGACGUGAAGAUUCAAAGGCAGAAGAUGCUUCAAAAUA